UUUCAAAUUAGGUGAGGUCAUGACUGUGAACAAUAGCAAUUUAGAUGAAGUGUCGGAACCCGUGACCGGGGGUUCUGUGUCUUAUGCCGAAACUACUGACCAAGCAACAAAAGUUGAUGCUGGUGUAAAUGACAAUGAAGAUAACAAGCCAUCGAAUGAAGACAAUGAAAAGGAAACAACUAUAGAACAAAGAGAGGAAAUAGUGGCUCAAGGUGAAGAUAAAAUAAUUGAAUCCAAGAUAGAUGACAAUAUUGAGGAGAAGGUAGAUGAAAAGAGAGACGAGAAGAUCGAGGAGAAGAAGUCAGAUGACGUCAAUGAAUCUUCUCAAGUAGAACCUAUAGAGUCAGUUGAAGUAACUGAACCAGUAAACCCAGUUGAUACAAAAUUUGAUACUAAAGAAUCCAUAGAAUCAACAGAAGAACCAGUUAAAGAGUCAGAAUCAACAGAAGAACCAGCUAAAGAGUCAGAAUCAACAGAAGAACCAGCUAAAGAAGAAUCAACUGAAGUGGAAUCUAAUUCAAAAUCAUCCACUGAAGCUAUCGCUUCAGAUGAAGUUGUUAAUGCUUACUCUGACGAUGAAAUCAUGAUCGAUGAAGAUCUUUCAUCCGAUUCAAGCUCAAGCUCUUCUGAUUCAGACUCAGACUCAGAUUCAGAUUCAGACUCCGAUUCAGACUCAUCCCCACAAAAUGAGGCCGAAGAUAUCGAUGAUGAACUCGAGGAAGAAGAUGGUGCCACUGUGGGACCAAUUCUUUCUAAAAAUGAAGUUCUUGAUGAAAAGGCUCCUAGCAUUCCUGAAGACUAUAAGAUCCCUGAAUCUGCCCCACUUCAACUUAUUGGAGAAGUUUCAGGCUUGGUUGAACGUAGUGUAAUUAUCAAGGCCAACAUCUCGGGUGAAUUCAGAGUUCUUAAGGAUAAUUCUAUUUUAUGUUUCAAAGAUCGUACUCUCUUGGGGCCAUUAUUUGAAACUUUUGGUAGACUUCAAUCGCCAGUUUAUCGAGUGAAAUUCAAUACUGAAGAAGAAUUCAAUCAAUUUAAAGAUAGAAAGGGACAAGAGGUGUUUUAUGUUGUACCAGACUCUCAAUUCUUAUAUACUGACACCAUAAAAUCCUUGAAGGGAACCGAUGCUAGUAAUUGUCACGAUGAGGAAUUACCUGAAGAAGAACAAGAAUUCAGUGAUGAUGAAGCAGAAUUGGCAUCUAAACAAUCAAAAAAGAAAAAGAGAAAGCCAAAGCAACCUAAGGAAACCAAUACUGAUGAGAAUCAAAAGAGAAAGAGACAUCAUGGUAACUCUGAGCCUGCAUCUACCUCAACUCCAGGAGGUGCCCCCAAUGGACCAAGCGGUGUUCCAGGUGUUCCAGGUGCACCAGGCGCACCAGGAUCAACAUAUCAGGCAUACGGUUAUAACCAACCACCUCCACCCCCACAAAGAGCUCCACAACCAACAAGCGUAGCACCUGUCCCAGCUGCACCAAUUGCAGGAGUAAUUCCUACACCGGGACCUUCCUCGAUUCCAGCUGCGCCAAAUGUUUACCAAAAUCAAGUACAAUCUCUCCCACCAGCACCACAUCAACAUGCAUACCCACAGCUUCCUCAAAAUCCACAGUUGGUCCAUCAACAGAUGCUUCAAUUCCAACAACAGGCAAAUGUGGGACAAAAUAACCAAUUCCUGCAAUAUGGUACCCCAUAUAACCAGUUCCAACACAAUACUGGCCAACAAAACCAUUUUGUACCACCACCACAAGCUGCUCCUCAAUACAAUCCAUACUUCCCACAAGGACAGCCAUACCAACAAUCAUACCAACAACAACACCAGCAACAACAGUACCAACAUGGGCAGGCUCCUCAACAAUGGGUUGACCCUGCUCAACAGGCUGCACAGAUGCAACAAAUCCAACAAUACCUUACCAACCAAUUACAACAACAACAGCAUCAACAACAACCUCCAAACCCGUACAAUAAUUACCCACCUCAACAAUAGAAACUUCAUAGAUAAUUAAUUGCAUAUAUAGAGAAUACAACGGAAUGUGGAACCAAACGGUCUUUCUUGACUUCAUGACGAUAAAAAAUAUUAAACUAUGAAUUUAUAAAU